AUGGCUCAGCUUAAGUCUGGUGCUGCCACUGCACCGGCUCAGCGCCCGGCUCAGAAGCCGUUCACCAGCUUCCGUAUCAGCCGCAGCACGGUCCGGGUGAAUGCCACGGCGGAGCGCAGCGGCUCAGACACCAGCAGGCGGCAGGUGCUGCAGCUGGCGGCGAUCCCGGCGCUGGGCAGCGUGCUGCCCUCUGCAGCGUUCGCGGCCGGCAGCGGCAAGCUCCUGCUGUAA